AUGAUGACCUACACGGUGUUGAUUGUGAGCAUAAACAUUGUGUCCGACACGGCCAGCAAUCUCAUCGACCCAGAAGACCAUGUUGUACUCACGCCCGAGAGCCUCAGGGAGCGGCGGUUUGGGUCCAAGAUGGUCUUGAUUGUCGAGCAGAUGCAAAUCAGCACUGUCUGGAUAGUCAAGACGUGCCUGUUAAUCAUGUACUACCGCCUGACACUGGGCCUCGCGCAAAACACCGCAGUCAAACUAGUCGCCGUCUACAUUGCCAUCGGCUGGAUAGUCAUGGAGGUAUUGUACUUUGGAGUGUGGUGUAGACCCUUCUCCGGGUAUUGGGAAGUCCCUCCGUCCAACCCCCUGCAUCACUUGAUCACGAAUGCCGUCUUCAAUAUCUCUUCUGAUCUCAUGAUUAUCCUCAUCCCGAUACCGCUACUCCUGAGAACCCAUUGGCCCCUCAAGAAGAAGCUCAUUCUCUGUGUUGUGUUUGGCUUGGGAGGCUUUACGAUUCUAUCCGCCGUUCUCAACAAAUACUACAGCUUCACACAACCAUAUGGAUCGCAAUGGACAUUCUGGUACAUUCGGGAAUCGUCCACCGCAAUCAUCGUCGCCAACCUGCCUCUCACGUGGACGCUCAUUCGCAGAGUCUUUAGCGUCGGCUCGUUUAGGGGCGGUAGUGGUCGAAGAUCAAGCGCAGCAAUGCGAUCGACACAAACGGAGAAUGAGCGCAAGCAUGCGGCAUAUAAUCCUCAUUCCGCCGUGAGAGAGCCCAGCAGCAGCAAUCAAAGUCAAGAAGUGGAUGGUACAUUAUAA